UCGCCUGAGUGACGUCAACGAAAGGGUUGACUGCUCUGUUUACAUCCUCGUGAUCCUCUCGAUUGCCAGUAAACAGUUGUGGUUAGUUCGUGGUAAACGCGUGAAGGGACAAAAAAAGAAGAAGCAACAGUUAAGCAAACAUCGAAAAAGGUGCAGACACACCGUAAGAUGAGCGGCCGGCUAUGAGCGGUAGGGUUUGGAGCCAUGGCGGCGGGUCGACACCGGAUCACCGCUCUCUUUUCGCUCCUCGUGCUGGCUCUGUUUACGGUUCGUAGCAGCAGUAAACCGCUGGAGGAAUAUCCCGACAAAAACAGCUAUCAACCACCGAGGCCUCCAGUGGUCCUUAUACCCGGGGAUCUGGGCAACCAGUUGGAGGCGAAGCUGGACAAACCCAGCGUGGUUCAUUACAUCUGUUACAAGAAAACUGACUCCUUCUUCACUCUGUGGCUCAACCUGGAGCUGCUGGUGCCGGUGGCCAUAGACUGCUGGAUCGACAACAUAAGACUGAUCUACAACAGCACCACGCGGGCCACCUCUGCUCCUCCAGGCGUCGACAUCCGUGUGCCUGGGUUUGGACAGACUUUCCCUCUGGAGUAUCUGGACCCCAGCAAACGCAGUGUGGGCAUGUAUUUCUUCUCUAUUGUGCAAGCGCUGGUGGACUGGGGAUACACCCGAGAUGAUGACGUCAGAGGAGCUCCUUAUGACUGGAGGAAAGCCCCGAAUGAGAACAAAGAUUAUUUCCUGGCGCUGCAGCACAUGAUCGAGGAGAUGGCGGAGAAAGCCGGUGGCCCCGUGGUGCUCAUCGCUCACAGUAUGGGCAACAUGUACACGCUGUACUUCCUCAACCAGCAGCCUCAGGCCUGGAAGGACAAGUACAUCAAGGCCUUCAUCUGUCUGGGCGCACCCUGGGCCGGCGUGGCUAAAACACUCCGUGUGGUCAUCUCGGGUGAUAACAACCGCAUCCCAGUCAUCAGCCCGCUGAAGAUUCGCUCUCAGCAACGCUCUGCCGUCUCCACUUCCUGGCUCCUGCCCUACAGCCACACGUGGCCCAACGAUCAGGUGCUGGUACAGACGCCCACCACCAACUACACCCUCCAGGACUACAAGCGUCUCUUCACAGACAUCGGUUUCGAGGACGGCUGGCUGAUGCGUCAGGACACCGAGUCGUUGGUUGAAGACCUCACACCCCCGGGCGUGGCCGUCCACUGCCUGUUCGGGAGCGGCGUGGACACCUCCGAGGCCUUCCAGUACUCUGACAAGUUCCCCGACGUGGAGCCCACGGUGGUGUACGGCGACGGCGACGGGACGGUGAACCUGCGGAGCGCCGUCCAGUGCAAGCGGUGGGUGGGCAAACAGAAACAGCCCGUGAAGUUAGUGGAACUCCCCGGCAACGAACACGUGAACAUGUUGCUCAACUUCACCACAGUGGCUUACAUCAAGACCGUCUUGUUUUCGCCUUGACAGUAGGGGGCACUAAGGGGCAGGUAGAGGACUGGUCUCGUCUGUCCCUGAACAGCCACUGCCAAAACAUUCACCUCCACCCGCUGCUUUGAAGAAGUAUUGAGAUGUUUUAUAGUAGAACAAACAGAAUCAGCUCUAAUUCUAGAUUUAAAGCAGUUUUUGUAGCUGUGAUUUUACCUGUCGAUGCUAAUGUCGUUGCUGGGCAAAUGUUUUAUACUAAUUUAAUACCACUUUGAAGGGAUCAUUUGGAUUUGUUUGGAGAUUGUUUUUGAGAGGUUCUGUCUGCAGCAUCCAUGUCCACGGCUGAAUACUGCAGAUGGCCUGAAUCUCAUGUUGCCAAACUUAAAAAAAUGAUCAAACUGCUACAGUUUAAAAAAAUAUUUAGCUUUCUAAUAUUGUAAUGAUGAAGGUAAAUCUAAGUUUCACUUUCAGAUGUGUCUCAGUCUGGUCUGGGUCUAAUGUUUUAUCAGUGUUGUGAGUUUCUUUGUGAUCAACUCUGAUUGUGACGAUCAUGAGGCCAAAUGUUCAAGCACAUCUGAUUUUGUUCUUCUUUAUCUCAGUGCCGUAGGUCACGUGUGUCCGCGCUCGUAACAUAUUUUUAAAUGAGUUUACAAUGAGAAGAUGAUUUUACAGAUACUCUUAUCACCUUUGUCAUCAUUUUCAUGUCCUUAUUUUCAUUUUCUUUUGUGUAGAAAGUACAAAAAAAACCACCUGGAAAAUGCAAUGUUACUUGAGCCUUAAGCCGAAGAACUGGAAUCCACUCUGGAAUAUUUUAUAUUUUCAAUGCACUGAACUCACUAAAGUGUCAUAAAAUUGUUUUUUUUUUUAACGACUAUUUAUAAUUGUACACAACUAGACAAACUAUGACGAUUAUGAAAAACUAGAAACUUUAUUUAAACCAAACAUUGAUAUAAUAAAACAAGUGGGCAAUUAUGAA